CCAUGACUGGAAGGAUCAAGACCACAGAGAUGAAGGUUAACUGCCUCCUGCAAGCCAUCCUGGGUUGCAUGGCCGUGACAGACACGUCGCUGGCUCAAGACAUCCCUCGCAUUGUGGCCGUGGCACUGAGACUCGCUAGAGCGCUCGUGUCGCUGCUGGUGCUACGCAGUCCCGCGUGCGGCUUCUCGGCGUUGCUCAACGCUGUCACGCUGCAUAAGUGCCUCCAGGCCCGCCUUUGGGACGACUCGCUGCACGUAGCCCGGCAGAUCGAGAACAUAG